GUCCCAAGUUACCCCGCCCAUCCCGAGUAGCCCUGGUCGAUGGUAUACAGUUGUACUGACCAUUCUAUUUCAGGUCUGCAGCAGCUAGAGUCUCAAAAUGAGUCUGUGGAUUGACAAAUAUAGACCUAAAGAACUGUCAAAACUAGAUUACCACACAGAGCAAGCCCAGCACCUGAAGCAGUUGGUUGAUGGAGGUGACUUUCCACACCUGUUGGUGACAGGUCCUUCUGGUGCAGGCAAGAAGACUCGUGUUGUGGCACUGCUACGCCAGCUCUAUGGGCCUGGCACUGAGAAGCUCAGGAUUGAACACCAAUCAGUUCUGACAGCAUCGAAGAAAAAAUUGGAGAUAUCUACUGUUGCUAGCAACUACCACCUGGAAGUGAACCCAAGUGAUGUUGGCAUACAUGACAGAGUUGUAGUGCAGGAGCUUAUUAAAACACUUGCUUCUUCUCAUCAGCUGGACACCGUUGGUCAAAGAGAUUUUAAAGUUGUUGUCAUUGUCGAGGCGGAUAAACUAACUAAGGAUGCCCAGCACGGUCUUCGGCGCACAAUGGAGAAGUACAUGUCUACUUGCCGCAUCAUUUUGUGCGCUAACUCCACUUCUAAAGUUAUUCCAGCUAUUAGGAGUCGAUGUCUUGUUGUUCGUGUCCCUGCUCCCACCAAUGAACAGAUAGUCUCAAUUCUGCAGAAUAUCUGCAAAAAGGAGAGCUUGAAUCUUCCAAUUCAACUUGCUGAAAAAAUUGCUGUGAAGUCUCGUCGGAACCUGAGACGAGCUAUUCUUAUGUGCGAAGCUUGUAAAGUGGAGAGUUAUCCGUUUAGUAGCACGCAAGAAGUGUCUCUGCCAGACUGGGAGGUUUUUCUGCGCACCACCGCGAACAUGAUUGUCUCGGAGCAAAGUCCAAACAGACUUUUUGAAGUACGAGGGAGACUCUACGAACUGCUAUCGCAUUGUGUACCUACUAAUGCUAUCUUUCAGGGAUUGCUGAGAGAACUCAUCCAGAAUGUGGACGGAGAACUGAAAGCUGAAGUGACUCGUCUUGCGGCCUACCAUGAGCAUCGACUCAAUCUUGGCUCCAAAGCCAUAUACCACCUGGAAGCUUUUGUCGCUUCCUUCAUGGCUCUGUAUAAGAAGUUUCUCGAGGAAAAUAUGGCUGAUAUGUUUUAAUCCUUGCGUUUUAUCUUGCUCUACAGUUAUGUCGAAUAAAUUUGACAAAGUUUCCAUUAUCAACAUUCAUAUGCAUAUACUAAUGCAUUAAGUUAGACCGUUUAAAUAUUUCACUAGGCAGUCAAAUAUAUAAUAUUCUAAAUGCGUUCAUUUUAGGUGUAUUACUGAAUUAAUGUGGUCAUUUCACUCCUGUUAUGUUAAAUAUUUUUUAUCAAGGAUUUUCAGACCAAAUUUCUGUGGUAUUUCAAAACCUACUUAUUUUUAUUCUCAAUUGAUUUACUAUGUAGAUCAAUUAGACGCGUCAGCAUUUCCUCCAGGUUUCAAAAUCUUAAAUAGUUAAUAAGAUGGAACUGUGAACGCUCGCUUUGGUAACAGAAAAAGAACGUUGGUUAGCGAGGGUCUUGUUUUUUGGAGGCGAAGGGCUAAAAUGAUGGCAAAUAUUUACUAGUUUCCGUUUUAUGGUAAAAUUACUUAUAAGAAAAAAACUACAAUGAAGUGAAGGACACCCUUACACAAUGGAUUUCAUUCAAUAAUUAGUGGUCAUAAGAAGCACCACUGCGAAAAGUCUUUGGUUCAAUUAUUCGCCGAUAGCUACAAUAAACCUGUGCAUAUAGCGAAUAACAUAUUCUAACACAAAAAGCGACCAAAAAAGCACAGACGGUAACUUGGUGAGACAACAUAAAUAUUUGUACUGUAAGAAAAUUGGGACCCCAUUCAUCUCGAUCGAACCAUAAUUGCACCCGAUCAUGCUCAUAUGACUCGUCCGAUAUUCGAAAUUGAUUGACACUAAAGUCUAACUGAAACCUAACAAAGAGGAAUUCGUACGUUAACCUAAAUCUAACUUUAUGCACGUCCAUAAAAUGAUACAUCUGCAUGUUUCGGGAAAAAACUUAUAAUGUGAUAGAAACUUGAGUUACAUCCCCGAGGAUUCAGAAAUAAAAUGCAACUAAACCUUGA